UUCCCCAGUAGCGAGCAGCAGUGUGUGAAUGUGGCAGCUGAGGCAGACAGGGAGGGGUAGAAAGACUGACCACACACCGGAUUUUAUCUAUUUUUCCUUUAUUUUUCCUCUCCUCGGAGUCCGGUAUUUACAGAUAACAAUCCGACACGGCUGUAAACUUGUUCCUCGGUGAAGAAACCCGGGCUGCCGCUGCUUUUCUGUGGGACUGGCGGCUGUGGUUGUGAAAACAGUCCAGAAGAAAGAAGAAACAACAUGGGGCGAUAAUCACAGAAAAGGUGCUCUGUUGUGAACCGACGAUGACUCCCUGGGAGGACCCGUGAAGCUUUAUUUAUUUUUAUUUAUUCCUGCCCCGUGUCCUCUUCUUGUUUUAUUCCUCUUUUUUUCUCGAAUAUACCCCCCUCCCGUAGCUGGUUCGGGAGGUUUUUUUUUUUUUUUUUUUUAUCGCGAAGGGAUACGUUCCAGGCGGACUGCAGAGAUGGACCAAGCCGGCAUCCUGAGAAAGUUUAUCCAGGGGGUGAAGGCCAUGAGCGAGGGGGACGAGGAGAGGGGAGAGGACAACUUCGGCAGCGACUUCAUGCGGUUGCGACGGCUAUCGACCAAGUACCGGACGGAGAAGAUCUACCCGACCAACGUGGGAGAACGAGAGGAGAAUGUCAAGAAGAACAGAUAUAAAGAUAUACUGCCAUUUGACCACAGUAGAGUAAAGCUGACAUUAAAAACAACCAAUCAGGACACAGAUUACAUCAAUGCAAACUUCAUCAAGGGUAUGGAUGGCCCAGAGGCCUACAUCGCAACUCAGGGCCCGCUGCCGAACACUGUCAUUGACUUCUGGAGGAUGAACUGGGAGUACAAUGUAGCUGUUAUCGUAAUGGCCUGUCGAGAAUUUGAGAUGGGAAGGAAAAAGUGUGAACGGUAUUUCCCGCUGACCAAAGAGGAGCCCGUCACUUUUGGCCCUUUCAAAAUCUCCUGUGAAUCGGAACAGGCCAGAACAGAUUACUUUAUAAGGACUUUGAUGGUGCAGUAUGAAAAUGAGUCCCGGAGGUUAACCCAGUUCCACUACAUGAACUGGCCGGAUCACGACGUGCCCUCGUCGUUCGACUCCAUCCUGGACAUGAUCGGGCUGAUGAGGGAGUACCAGGAGAACGACGACGUCCCCAUCUGUGUGCACUGCAGCGCCGGCUGUGGGAGGACGGGUGCUAUCUGUGCUAUUGACUACACAUGGAACCUCCUCAAGGCUGGGAAAAUUCCAGAAGAUUUUAACGUUUUCCGGUUGAUUCAGGAAAUGAGGACGCAGCGGCACUCGGCUGUUCAAACCAAGGAGCAGUACGAGUUGGUCCACAGAGCGAUCGCUCAGCUCUUUGAGAAGCAACUGCAGCUACUGGAGAGCCCGACCAACACACAGAUACACGACGGCAUGGAUGAAAGCAGUCCGGACAAAGCCAGCCAGCAGUCGGACGACGACCGGUGGGACACGCCACCUCCGAAGCCUCCCCGCAUACGCAGCUCCCAGGUCGAAGGUGACGUAAAGGAGGAGAUCCUCCAGCCUCCGGAGCCCCACCCCGUACCCCCGAUCCUGACUCCGUCUCCCCCGUCGGCGUUUCCCACCGUCACCAACGUGCGGCAGGACAACGAUCGCUACCACCCCAAACCGGUCAUCCACGUCCUGGCGACGGCACAGAACAACACGACGCAGAGUAAGGAAGUGGACCAGCAGGAGUCCCAGCCCAGUCCAGACAAACGGAGCAGCCCCUCAGAGCAGAGAGAUCAGGACCUGAUCAACCGAAAGCAGCAGACUCAGGUCUCCAAUCUGGACCUCAACGACAACUACAACAACAAACUGUCCUCCACGUCGGCCAAGUCCGACUCGGGCCACAGUCAGACUCAGACGCCCUCGUCGCCGCUCUCCCCCGCCGUCGAAUGUUCGGGCGCUCCUCGGAUCGAGAGGAAGCUCAGCAUCGAGAUCAAGAAGGUGCCGCUGCAGGAGGGGCCUCGCAGCUUCGACACCUCGUCCUCUCUGGGAGUCGCCGGCGGCGCCAACAGCAGCAGCUGCAUGCUGCAGAGGGGCCACGCCUUCAAGGCCCGCUCCGGCCAAUCGCAGCUCACGUCCAGCUCCUCGCUGUCGGAGGACUCGGGCACGGAGGGAGGAGCGGGCGGCUGUGGGGACGGCCACGCCGACGGAGGCGUCCUGACCAGGCCCAACCACCUCCCCGUGAAGAGCGGAGACAAGGGGGACCCGGCGGCGGGCGACAAGGCGGACGCCAAGGCCGGGCACGCGGCGUGGACGCAGCCCUGCAGCAGCCCGGACAAACUCUUCCCCAAAACGUCCUCGUCCUCGUCCUCCUCCGACCACGUGGCUCCAUCCUCCUCCUCCUCCUCCCACCUGUCCUCGUCCUCGUCCUCGUCCUCCUCCACCCCCGUCAGGACUGCCCUCAGUUUCACCAACCCGCUGCACUCCGACAACUCGGACGAGGAAGGGAACGACGAGAUGACGGGCUCCAAGGAGGGCUACCACACGAACGUAUCCACGGCGACGGCCAUGGUCACCGCCGCCGCCCUCCACGGCGACCAGCCGCCGGUCAGGAAGGUGCUGCCCAUGUCCAUCGCCGGGCAGACCACGCCCUCGCCCACCACAGCAAACUGCUGGGACAGCGACGACUCCCCUCCCCCCCUCCCCGAGAGAACCCCCGAGUCCUUCAUACUGGCCACAGACCCUUCGGAGGUGAGAACGUCUGCGGCGGCUGAAUGGGGAACCUCGCAUCAAGACGUGUCAGAUUGUGUUAAGAAGUCGUCUCUGACCGACUCGGGAUGCGCCGGCAGCACGACGGCGGACGGCAAGCCAGAGCUGGGUGGGGUUCGGUAACCGCUGCCUUCAGCCCAGAGGCCCCCGAGAACCCCCCCUGGAGUGGACGUGAUCAGGAACAGUCCGCCUGCCGCACACUCUCACACAGAAACUCCUUCUGUGUAACGGCGUGCACACACACACACAUACACACACACACACACUCUGAAGACUGAAAGCUUCCUCCUCAGACUCACUGUGCAGAAACAGACUGGUGUUUUUGUCCUCAGCCUGCUGCUGUUGGAGGGUCCUUCCUCUCUCCACGCCGACCCGGUUAGCCCCCCGCCAGCCGCCGGAGGAUUCCCUUUUUGGCUAGACUCGGAGGAGGCCCCGUUGCCUGCCUGAUCAAAGUGUUUCCUCCUCCCGAGGCUAAACAAAAAGGGGAUUCCAGGAGUAAUUCCCAACUCGUUGAAUGAAAAGCGUUCUGGAUGAGCGCUUUGUUUCAUACCAAAUGAAAAGAAAGUUCACUUCUCUUUGUCCUCGACCAGGAAUGAUCUGCAAUCAGAAAAAGGCUGAUUCCUGAGGUUUAGCAACAAUCUUCAAAGCGAAUUUCGAUAAUCUGCCACCCAUGGAGCAACCCUCUGUCUGUACAGGUUGCAUGGGUUCUCUCUCUCUCUCUCUCUCUUUCUCUUCCUCUCUCUUCUCUCCUCUCUUUGUGCUGGUGCUACAUUUUAAAAGAUCUGCAUAGAAACAGCUCGAGCCGACUGUUACCAACACUCACCUGUUUCUCACCUCCCGUGUUCGCCGACGUGAUACCAGAUUCAGGAUUUUUAGAUUUUUACGCUCGCCCUCUCGCUCUCUCUCUCUCUCUCGCUCUCGCUGGAGUCGCAGGUGAACAGAGUUCGGCCUUCAGAGUUCAUUAUUCACUUUUGUCUUCAGGGUUUUUAGUUUCUGUUAACUGUACAAACGCAGAAUCUGAUCACUCAUCGGAGGAUUUCGACCGUAAAUCGCCGAAUCCAAAAUUGAUUUCAUGCCGUUUUGGCGCAUUUCGAAGCAUCUUAAAGAAGGUUUCAUUACAAAAAUAAACAGCGCCACCUGGUGGCCUGCCAUUCAUGGUUUUCAGCGUUCCUGUGUAAGCGUCAAACGUUUCUGGAACAAAAACACGUUUUCGCUUGAAAUGUCUUCCAGUACAUGGGGGCCUGAAAUUCAAUUGAAAGACAAUGCAGGCCAGAAAAAAAAGACAGAAAUCUCAACACGUGAAAUAUUUGCAAGGUAGAAAUGAAACGUGAAGAAGAUGAAAGGCGAUAAAGUGACUCUGUGGCCGAGCUCGGCUCAGCCGCUGCACUCCGGCUCUCACUGCUGGGACCAUGAGCCUGCCUUACUCCGCUUGUCCUCCACUUUGUUUUUCCCAUUCCUCCCGCCGUCUGACGGUCGUCUUUACUCACGGUAAACCUCAGUGUUUCGGAGUAUGAAUGUUACACCUCACCUGAAACACUUGAAUCUCCCCCCCCCCCCCCAUCCGGCCCGCUUCGGUUCCAGGACUACUGUUCUCUCCUCAUCGUCGACUCCUCCUCCUUUAGCUAUCAUGACUUUACAGUAUAUGCAUUGUUUUAUACAGAUCAAGAACUGUACAGGGCAGUCUAGGUAUAUAAUGUUUCAGAUUUUUUUGGUUUGCUGUCUCUUAAAUGUUCCUAUUAACAGAAGAUGUAAGAAAGUCUGUGCAUGAUGACGAUUCCUCCCCUCCACCAUGUUUUUUUUUUUUUUCUUUUUCCCGAAUCUGUAAAUUAUUCUGCUGCCCUUUCGUUUUUUGCUUCUGGCAAAUAUUUCAGGGUUGUUUUUAUUUUAUGCUUAACUAAUUGAGAAAAGAAGUGUGGUUUUAUCGGGUUGGCAGAGGAAAAGAGUAAACUGCCAGCCGCCCCCCCCUCCCCUUCUGAAAACUACACCGGGAUCUGAAAAAGAUUGUAAUAAUAAUAUUAAUGAUGAUAAUAAUAGAAAUGGUUGUUUUUUUUUUUUUUGUAAAUGGUAUUUUAAAAGUUAUUUUUGUAUACGCGGUUGUUUGUUGCGUCACGGACUCACCCGGCAUCCUCUCUCCACCUCUCCGUCUGGACACUUUCCUUUUCCUUCCGUUUGUCCCUUCAAUGAAAAGACGUGUAACCGAGAGGAAUCAAGGAGCCCGUCGUGAUUUUAUUAUUUUUUUUUUUUUCCUCCUCACAUCCCUUCCCCGGUUCUGCCUUUCUUUUUAAUGUCACUAUCAACACUUCACUUAUCCGAGGCCCCCGUUUACAAGACAAGUGACAACGCGAAACCUGUGGCGUGUUUUUUGGGGGUCCGUUUACACGACAACGGCGCUCGGAGAACUUAUUUUGAAAAACGGUGGAAGUUUUAGAAAACACUCUGACUUCAUGAGAACGGUUGGAAGAUGCUACUUUUCGAGAAAAAAAAAAACUCCCGUCUCCACGGAAACGAGGAUGACAACAUUGUUUUCGUCGCCUUUUCCAGGCGAAACUCCUCUGGAGCGAAAAUUGAGGCGUUGUCGUGGAAACGGGGCCCGAAGCGCCUCUAACCUGCCGCCAGCGGUUGAAAGCGUCAGAGCGGGAGCUGGCCGGUCCCGCUCGGCCUCCUGUCGUCCGUUCGCUCCCCUCUUGUCUCGCUCACUCUUCGCUUCGAUCUCAGUAAAGAGCCCACCUGUGCCUUUAGGAGAGAGCCGCCCCUCCCCCGCCCCCGCCCCGCCUCCUCCGAUCAUCGUUUGUGGCGUGAGCGACGCGAUUCGCUGCUGCUUGCUCAUCACCUCCUGUGGGACUCUCAUCAUGCCACGCCCCCCUCUGCCCCCUCCACCCACCUCCUCACACUUAAAACACACACAAAAUGUUUGUAUGUUGCAGAAAUCAAUCAGUAAAAAUGAACAUUAAGUAAA